UCUUUACACAUCCUCCACACACUUGGUAGCACAUGCACACCGCUACAACACCUGCGCAGCUUUAAAAAAAUGUUGUGCCUUCCUACCCCUCCUCCUGCUGAGGAAUCUGUCCUCGCCAAAGGACACGUCCAUUGACGCGGCUUUUUGAGGACAAGACCGCCUCCUGCUGUAUGGUGAUGAGCGGAUUCAUUAUAGGGAUGCCAGCAGCAAGGAUGUCUAACUGAGACCGGCUCGUUUUUUUCUGUUUUCGCCACCUUUUUUUGAGCCACUUUCAAUUCCAAAGAGGUUUUCGGAUGAUGGAGUCUGCAGCUGACUACUAGCUGUGUGUGGAGCAUGGGUACGACUGCCAGCGCAGCGCCGCCACCGCCGCCCGUCACGUCGCUGCUUGAGAGUGUCCAAGGCAACGGGACGAUGGCCGACAGCCGGCACUCGCUCAGCACCAACCCCUUUCAGACGGUCAACAACAGCAAGGCCAAGUCGAUUAUCACCAACAAGGUUGCACCUGUCGUCAUCACGUAUAACUGCAAGCAGGAGUUUCAGAUUCAUGAUGACAUCCGCAAGAGCAACUACAAACGCGGGCGGAUAUCAGACACCAUGCCAGAGCACUACCUGGUGCAGGGCAAGUACUUCAUGGUUCAGGAUGUGUACAGCAAAGCGGAUGUCCUCAGUACCACCACCACCUAUGGGGCGCCCAACUUCCGCCAGGUCAAGGAGUCCUACCCGCUAUAUGGAAUGGGUCAGCCCAGCCUGAAUGGCUUCAAGCAGGUUCUGCAGAGGCUCCAAGCACAAGGACAUGAGGAGGUCAUAUUCUUCUGCCUGCGAGAGGAGCCAGUGGUCUUCCUGCGCAAGGGUGAGGACUUUGCCCCUUACACUCCCAGGAAGAAGGAAAACCUCCAUGAGAACCUUCAUGGUCUGGAAAAAGAGCAUCAGGUGGAAAGCCUGGAGCUCACCAUCAGGAAGGAGCUCCAUGAUUUUGCCAAGCUCAAUGACAACGUCUUCUACAUAUACAAUGACAUCGAGUACCUCAAGGACGAGCCGCAGAAGACGAUCAUCAUGUGUGAGGAGGACAUCCAUGUGACUGAGGAGGUCUACAAGAGGCCUAUGUUCACCAUGCCAGCCUACAGGUAUUACAGAUUACCACUACCAGUAGAGGGAGCCCCACUGGAAGAAGACUUGGACGCUUUUGUAAACAUACUCAGGGAGAGCCCCAGCUUGUCUCUGGGACACGACGCCACGCGGCAGCUGCCCGCUCUGCUCUUCAGCUGCCAGGUGGGCGUUGGUCGGACCAACCUGGCCAUGAUCCUGGGCACGCUGGUGAUGAACCAACUAAGGGGCGACUCACGGCCGUCGCCUCAAGUUGAGAACAUGGCUGCGUCUCCAAAUCCCAAACCAAUUUUCCGCAUCAUCCAGUCUCUCAUCACCAGGCUCCCAAACGGACAGCAAGUAAUGGAAGAGGUGGACCAGGCUAUAUCUUUGUGUUCGGAAAUGCACAACAUAAAAGCAGCAAUAUACGAGAACAAGAGCAAGCUGGAGGGGAUUGGAGAUGAUUACCAGAUUCAGGGAAACAGCACCAAAGACUACUUCCUCAACAGAACCAGGCAGAGCUUGGAGCGCUACUUUUACUUGAUUGUGUUUAACGCAUACCUCCAUGAGCAGCAUCCUCUUGCCUUCGUGUCCAACUUCAGCCAGUGGAUGUGCUGCCACACUUGGCUGUACCGCCUCUUGGCCCGUAUGGACCUUUCCGAGCUGUCUGCACCACCCCAGCUGGUCACCAGAGGAGCCCGUGUCCUGGUGGCUGAUGAGUACCUGGCGCCCGAUGUCCUCAGCACGGUGAAGGAGAUGAAGGCGGUCAACUUCAGACGAGUGCCCAAGAUGCCUGUUUACGGAAUGGCGCAGCCGACAUCAGAGGCCACAGGAGCUGUGCUGGCCCACCUGAUGGACGAGAAGAGGAAGCAUAGCCACGUGUUGUGGGUCAACCUGCAGGAGGAGCUGGUCUUUGAAGGCAAUGGCCAGAUCUUCACCCAGAGGGAGCCGUCGCACUUGGAUCAGCACAUUCCCAUCCCGUCUUCAGACCCACAUGUCAUCGAGAAACUGGAGAGCUCCCUGAAGGAUGAGAUCAUGCGAAGCCAGAAGUGGCUGGAGGUGACGCUGGAGCAGGAGAAGCUAAUGAAGAUGUUCAAAAGCAUCUUGACGGUGAAGGAGAUCUUCACACAGCACAAAAACUCCACGCAGGGUCUUGUGUACAAACGCAUCCCUUUGCCAGACUGCGGUGCCCCCAGGGAGGAGGAUUUCGACAAGCUGUUGGACGCCAUGAAGAGCGCCCUGGCAGAGGAUUCACGUUCGGCCUUUGUCUUCAACUGCUCCAACGGCAAAGGCAGGACCACCACUGCCAUGGUGGUCUCUGUGCUCACUCUGUGGCACUUCAAUGGGUUUCCGGAAUUUACCGAAGAUGAGAUAGUGAGCGUCCCUGAUGCCAAGUAUACAAAAGGAGAGUUUCAGGUGGUGAUGCAACUGGUGCGCCUGCUCCCCGACGGCCACCGGAUGAAAUGCGAGGUGGACAUGGCCCUGGACUCCGUCUCGGAGACCAUGACGCCCAUGCACUACCACCUGAGGGAGAUCAUCAUCUGCACAUACAGACAGAUCAAAAGUGGCAAGUCGGAGAAGGAGUGCCAUCAACUUCUGCUGAAGAGCUUGCAGUACCUUGAGCGUUACAUUUACCUCAUCCUCUUCAACACGUACCUGCACCUGGAGAAGAAAGCCUCCUAUCAGCGCUCCUUCAGUCUCUGGAUGGAGCAGGUCGCCGCCCGGGCUGGCGUUUACGACAUCCUCAACCGGCUGAGCUUCAGCGAGUUCAGUAACCCAAGGGAUGCCCCACUGACCCCACUGGCUCGGCUGCGCUCGCGCUGGCAGCAGCAGAACCUUCCGUCACUUCCCUUCAGGGGGGACUUCCUGUGAGGGGAAUCACUGUGAACCACACAAUACAGUACUGUGCUUUUCACAAUAAAAGACUAACUUGAUGCCUUUCUAACGGGCCAGUAAAAAUGGUUCAUUGUUUCGACUCUUAAAAGCUAGAAGUCGCCGUGCCUUUGAUUGUCACGAAUGAUAGUUUGAUCAAACUAAUAUUUAUCUUCUUUAUAUGCAGUGGAAAAGGUUGUUUUCUUCAGCAGUGACAGGUGUCAGUCCAAAGAGUUAAAUCCACUCCAUUUAAAUGUCGAUGAUGCGUUUAGGUGCAAACACACGGAGCAUUAGGGCCGCACUGAACCCUGAAACACUGCUACUUUAUUCUUGUACAAUUCUCCAUUUUAUGAUUUUAUUCUUGGCCAUUUCUGACUUUCUCAUCAUUUUUCAUCUUCUUCAUCUUCAUUUUCAUUCUUUAAGAUUUUUUGGGCUUUAUUCUUGUUAAAAGUGGACUUUUUUUCUCGUAAUAUUAUGGCUUUAUUUUCACAAUACAGCUUUAUUCUUGUAAAACUGGCUUGUAAUUUUAUGACUUAACUCCCACAAAAUGAUGUGUUUAUUCUGAUAAUAUUACUACUUUUUAUUGUCAUAAUAUGACCAUUUUUUCUUGUUAAAUUCCACUGUUUUCCACAUAGCAUGACUUGUCAUAUCAUGUUUUUAUUAUUCUAUUUGUAUAUUAUAACUUUAUUAUACUUGUCAAAUUCUGCCUUUUUUGGUCAUCAAUUUAUAGAUUCGUUCUCAUAAUAUUCCCACUUUAUUCUUGUAAAAUGAUGACUGUUUCUUGUAAUAUUACUACUUUCUUCUCAUACAGCUUACAGCUUUAUCUUGUGAAAUUCCAUGCUUCUUUUAUUCUAAUAUUCUCACUUUACUCUUUCAAUAUUACAACUUUAUUCAUGUAAAAUGCUACCCUUUGUCUCCUAUUAUUAUGACCUUGUUAUUGUCAUAUUGUGUUUAUUUUCUCAUUACAUUUCGACUUUAUUCUUGUAAUUCUAUGACUGUUGUCGUAUUUUGAUCUUACAUCAGUGUGGCCCUAAUUCUCCAUUCCUUUUGUUGCAUUUCCAGUGUUUGAGGAAGACCAAGGUGGCCUCAAAGUGGAAGUUUCCUUCAAAUUUUCGACAUGCAAAAUUGAUUAUGAUUAUUAAGUGAAAAUGCCGACGCUUGACAGUAUGAAUGCUGUAAGAAAGAGUCAAAUGGGAGAUUUAACACUUUAUAAGGUGUUAGUUUUACUUAGAGAUGUCAUGUUUUCGUUGUAGCAAAUCAACCGUUAUUGUCUUUUUAAAUGUUUUGAUCUAACAUCGACUCUCCAUUCUUUUUUAGAGCUGAAAUAAAUCCAAUAGAUGAAA